AUGAUUGUCGCUCAAGCUCCGAAAACUUAUUUUGGUUCAGAUAUACAAAAAGCAUUGGGCUCUCUUCCUGGAUUUCCAUGGGUAAAAUAUCCCGGAGAAAAACAUCUUCCCGGUCAUAAUUACACCGACGAUAAGACAUUCAUAUCAAAUGUGCUAUUUUCCAAUGUUAUUAAGGCUAUCUCUGAUAAAUUUAUAACAUUUAAAGGUCAAAUUGAAUUAGAUGGAGUGAUAAUUCAAGAUGGAGGACACAAACAAAACAUGCAAUUUGUAGGCUUUAAUGCCAAAACUUUUCACAAUUUCUUUGCAACAUUGGAUGAUAAAUCAGAUGCUUCUGAUUGGUAUUUCACAGAUUUCACUGAUAGUGUUCCAGAAGAAAUUUAUGAUGAAUUAAUGAAUAUAGUAGAAAUAUUUGUGGGUAAAGAUUAUAUUGAUCAAAUGUUGCAACGUUUAGGAAAAAUAGAUCAAAAAAGAUUAACAUUAAUUUCUCAUAACGGUAGUGGUUUUGCUAACUGUAUCGUGCUUAAAAAUGCAAAAAAACUAACACAAUGUCCACUAGUAACAGCUAGUGGCAUUCUAUCUCUACCUUUAACUUAUUCAUUCACCGAUGAAUAUUAA